AUGGUAGCAGCCAUGAGCAGAAGUAUUCAAGCACCCUUGGGUCCCUUAGAAGUGGAGGCAAAAGCUUUUGAAGCUGGUCUUCAGUUGGCUAGGGACAUGGGUUAUCAAGAUAUAAUUCUGGAAGGUGACUCACUGGUUCUUGUUCGCACGCUCUGUGGUCUUUCAUCGCCUCCCUCAACAGUUGAUUCACUCAUAGUGGGGAUGCAACUCCUAUGUUCAGAUUUUCUCACGGUUUAUGUUUCACAUGUAAGGAGGCAAGGGAACAAACCUGCCCAUAUUUUAGCAAAGUAUGCUUUGAGCAUAAAUGAAUCUGUUGUAUGGAUUGAGAAGAUUCCUUGUUGUAUUGAACAAGCUCUCAUCCAAGACUUUGUACCUGGUUCUGGUAUUUGA